AUGGAGCUGCUUUGGAACUCUAAAUGCUCGACUCACCUCUGUAGCCCGUUAGGUGGACGUGUGGAGCUGGUAUCAAUCACUUGUCGGACUGACUCCUGUACACCCAUCCCUCCCCCUUUCCCCAUCCCUCCCCCUUUCCCCAUCCCUCCCCCUUUCCCCAUCCCUCCCCCUUUCCCCAUCCCUCCCCCUUUCCCCCAUUCUUCAUCAGGAGGCGCGCGCGAUCUGAUACCGCGCAUGCUGCUGGUCGCCCCAAUGAAGCGCAUCGCCAUCCCCAAGAUCUGCCACCACCCCUGCUUCCUCGCCAAGCUCCCGCGCUACCUCGCCGUGCCGCCGCCAAAUGCUGCCGAGCAGGCCAAACGGAUCGACGAGGAGAUCUUCCAGGUGGUUACAAAGAUGGGGUUUGAUCAGGAGCACCUGGCGGAGUCCCUGCGGGAGCGGCGCACGAACAAGGCCACGGUCGCCUACUACCUGCUGCUGGACUCGCACCGCCGCAUCUCCACGGGCUACGCGCUUGCGGCUGAUGAGUCCCCGCUGGUGGCCGCGAGGGGGGGACUGGGCCAUGCGCUGGUGGCCGCGAGGGGGGGACUGGGCCAUGCGCUGGUGGCCGCGAGGGGGGGACUGGGCCAUGCGCUGGUGGCCGCGAGGGGGGGACUGGGCCAUGCGCUGGUGGCCGCGAGGGGGGGACUGGGCCAUGCGCUGGUGGCCGCGAGGGGGGGACUGGGCCAUGCGCUGGUGGCCGCGAGGGGGGGACUGGGCCAUGCGCUGGUGGCCGCGAGGGGGGGACUGGGCCAUGCGCUGGUGGCGCGGAUGGGGGUGCCGGGGUCGGCCGCGCAUAAUCAUCAGCGCGUUGUGGCAGAUCGGAAAUGGGCGGUGGGGUUGCAGUCCCGCGCGCACCCAAUGGAGGUGAGGGGGGAGGUAUUCCGUGCACUGCAAGCGCUGCAGGGGGGAAGAAGCUCUCUCCCUACGUCGGGGGAUGCGGAUGGGAUGCUGGUGGAUGGGGGGCGGUUGGAUGGUGUAAGGACGAUACAGGGCGAGAGAGGCCGCCCGGUGAUUCCUGUGAAGGCGCUGGUGGGCGACGGGGUUCGGCGUUUACUGCGGUUUGAGAUGCAGCUGUUCAAGGUGCGGGAUGAGAAGUAUCUUCUGGGCGUGCAGCACGUGGACGGCUCUCACGUGCUCUUCCUCGCAGACCUCACUGCUCACUUUCUCGCAGAGCUGCAUGUCAUCUGA